AUGAACCAGCAGCAGCACGACAUGUACUACGACUACCCCCCGGCCCCGAACCGGUCGCCGGGUUCUACACGGCAGGGCUAUGCGACGGUCGGCCUCUCAAGCCUCGGUGGACGGUCAUCGCAAAGGCCCUUCGAUACCGUGGGCCAGAACCCGUCGCUCUAUGCCGAAGACCGGUUUGGCAACGCGUCAGGCUACGACACCAUGUCGCGAAUCGACCGCCUCGGGCCCAAUUCCAACUACAUGCUAGAGAACAGCCAGACCUGGGGAUAUAACGGUGGAGUGGCCACUAUGAACGGCCCCAUGAACGGCAACGGCAGGCUCGGCUCGCGAGCUGUCAACCGGAGAGCAGCCUUGCCUACGACUUGGACUGAACAACCCGGCCUUGGCCAUCCCUCAAUGAACCAGUACUACGACCCCAACAUGUCCAUGAACGGGGGCGACGACCUAUCGGGGAUCACAGAUGCACGGGUACUCAGCACACCGGGGUCUUCUGACGCCGAACAGCUCAUCCCCACAGCCAUUGUGAUCAAGAACAUCCAGUUCCAGUGCCGAAAGGAGAUACUGCAGGGCCUGAUGGCAUCCAUGAACCUUCCUCAGCCCUAUGCCUUUAACUACCACUUCGACAAGGGUGUCUUCCGGGGCCUGGCUUUUGCCAACUUCUCCACCCCCGAGGACACGGCCAUCGUGAUCCAGAAGAUGAACGGCCUCGAGGUCAUGGGACGGAAGCUCCGCGUCGAGUACAAGAAGAUGCUGCCGCAGGACGAGCGGGAUCGGAUCGAUCGUGAGAAGCGAGAGAAGCGUGGCCAGCUGGAAGAGCAGCACCGAGCACCUCUGCCGCAGCACCAGCAGACCGCCCUGCAGGCCCUCGGUGUCGGCGUCAACAAGCAGCCCAAUGGGUCCCCUAUCCGCGAUAUCGACCUGAACAACCCCGACACGCUGGAGUUCUACACGCAGUUGACCAUUUUCAAGAACGACCCCAGCCGCGAGAGUUACAUCUUCUCGCCCGAUAUCGCCCCCGAGCAGCGACGCCAGAUCCACAUUCUGGCUCACAACAUGGGCCUGGAACACCACUCCAUUGGCGAGCAUGACAGACGCCAGCUUCAGAUCACCAAGAAGAGCCAGAGCUCCCCCACCGGCCAUGUUCAGCAGCAGCUGCCCCCGAACGUCUCGUGGGAGGAUCACCGCCGCGGUUUGAGCCGUGCCGCCACCUUUGACUUUGCCGAGUCGAGGAUCGGGGCAGGCGCCUAUCACACCCUUGGCAGAGAAGGGCCAACUCUGCAGCUUCCCGGCAACCUGGACGGAGGCAUCCCCAACAACCUGCGCGCUGCCAAGAGCUUUGCCGAUCUCCGAACCCACAGCCCUAGCCCCGCGCCAUCGGGCUCGAGCUACGUUGGUGGGCUUGGUAAUGGCCUAGGGGGCUCACGAUACGGCGACUACAACUCGUUGAACACGCCCCCUAACUUGACCCCGACAUCUGCUCAGAAUGCUGCGUCGAGCACGGAUGCGCUCCUUGCCGGCGGCAUGGGAUCCAUGAACCUCGGCUUCGACGCCAAUGCGCCUCACCUGCGUGCCAGAGAUGCCCCGGGUGCUAUUGGCAGCCAGAGGCCGGGCAACACCUCCGCUCCUAAUCGCAACGCCCCCGAUCGUCAACCCCGAGGUCCUGAGUGGGGAGAGGCUUUCAACGGCCGCAACCGAGGCCACAUGCAGAGAGGCAGCGACUCCUCAGACGCUGGCCGGAGCUCUGCUACCUCUCGAUUUCACUAG